AUGCGUAAACGUCUUAUUGUAAUUUUAGUAUUUUAUUUAAAUUUUGCUAAUACACAAGCAGACGCGCCGCAAGUUUGCAUCGACUCGCUGGGAUGUAUUGAGGGCAUUUAUAAAACGGGCAACGAGGUAGAAAAAUAUGAGGCCUUCUAUGGUGUGCCAUAUGCCAAGCCGCCGAUCGCUGACUUACGUUUUAAGAAUCCCCAACCAGUUGAGCCGUGGAACGGCACCUUCUCAGCAACAGAGCCGCAUACAGAAUGUUUACAAAGGAAUUACUUCGCAUCACCCUUUACCACGUCGGGCGUAGAAGACUGCCUUUAUUUGAAUGUGUAUCGUCCUGCGCAACGUUCUGAUGAAAAACUACCCGUCUUGUUUUUUAUACACGGCGGUGGAUUCUUUUUUGGCAAUCCGAAUCCUUCAUUCAAUGGUCCUCAAUAUUUUAUGGAUACGAGCGAGGUCAUACUGGUGAUACCUGCCUAUCGUUUGGGUCCAUUCGGUUUCCUAAGUAGCGGUGAUGAGCACAUGACUGGCAAUUUUGGAUUAAAGGAUCAAAAUUUAGCUUUGAAAUGGGUGCAAUCGUACAUAUCCGCAUUCGGUGGUGAUCCUACGCGUGUUACUAUUUUCGGCCAUAGUGUUGGCGGUGUAUCAGUCCAUUUACAUAUGCUAAGCUCCGCCUCAAAAGGUUUGUUUCGCAAUGCGAUUCCAAUUAGUGGGGUUGGAGGUACACAAUUUAUCGCACCAAUUGACCAAAAGGCACAAACUAUUAAAUUUGCCACAGCGGCAGGAAUAAGCAACGCUACCAAUAUGUCUUCCAUAGAACUUGUCGAUGCUCUACGCAGUUUAGAAGCAGAGCAAUUGGUACUAGCUUCCGAUGCCUUGAAAACUUGGGAUGUUUACCCUUUUGCAAAUUUUCGACUCACCAUUGAAGAGGAAUCAUGGCCAGAGCCAUUUUUAACCACCAACGUGCGUGAAUUACUCGAUAAAGAUCCACCCAAGACAGUGCCAUGGAUUGCAGGUAAUGCACCCACGAAAGGUGAAGGCCUGAUCAUAGCUCUAAGACUUGCUGGUAAUUCGUCUUUGCAAGCUGAGUUCAACGAAAACUUUGAUGAAUUAUUAAAGGUGAUAUUGGAGUUGCCUGCCACAGAAAACUCGGAGAAGGUCAACGAUGUUGUAGAACGUUUAGUGACAGAAUAUAUGGGUGGAGUUCACUCGUUGAAUAACGACACACUGGAUGGCUUCUUAGAGCUUUUGGGUGAUGAUAACUUUAUUUAUCCUGCAUAUAAAACAAUUGCCGAUAAUGUGGAAGCCACUAAUGGAGGGCAAAUUCCAACAGGAUAUAUGCAGUUCAAUUAUCAUGGUCCUUAUUCGUACUCUGAAUUUUUUUCGGGCAGCACGAAAGACUUUGGUACCGUACACUAUGACGACACUUUAUUUCUUUUUGGUAUGGAACUAUUAGCACCGCUUGGAUAUUCCAAAUCGUCGCCAGAGGCAGCGCUAGUAAAGCGUUAUGUGGGUAUUUAUGUGGACUUCGCCAAAACCGGAAAUGUUGAAGUCUUCAAUAAAACACAGUCCUGCACUAAGACAUUGUUUGAAAAACAAGGUUUUUGUGAUUAUUUGUCCAUCGUUAAUGAUACGGAACCAUUUCAAGUUGACAACGCAUGGAAUACGGAACGCAUGAAAUUGUGGGAUUAUGUGUACAAAACAUUUUUCUAAUUUGAAAUCAUUACAAAUUUUGCAUACAUAAAACAAAUUGUGCCAUCAUUCAUCACAAAGUAAAUUUUAUUUGUAAAUAAAUAAUAUAUAUGUAAAUUCACCUAAACGCAUAAAAGCCUCAUAUCCACGUAAAGCUCGUAAAAUUGUUUAAUUUUGUAUGGAAAACCGGUUUAUUUACGAGGUUUACACAGUUACGAGG